UUCAUGUCCCAACAAAUCCCUAACCCAAAAUCAAUUUCUCCUCUCCCUUCUCCCUCGCAGCAUCUCCUGUCCGUCAUCGCUGAGGCCAUCAUCUCCGGCGUCCCUCGGCCCUGGUCGCUGACCCAGAACGAGAAAGUUGCUCCUGCUGCUGCUUCUGCUUCUGCUUCCGAUUCCGGCGUCCUUCGUCCCUCGCCGCUCAUCUUCCUCGCUCCGUCCGCCCUGUCAUCUCCGGGGUCACAGAGUUCCCGAUCCGGCUUCACAUCUCCCCCGAGAUACUUCAAAGCUCUUUUUUGAAAAAAAAAAAAAAAAAUCCUAUCCAAACGGCCUCGAAGUCUCUCGGCGCGGCCAUCGGCUCCUGGCGACCACUCUAUACUCUAUACUUCUUUGCUACCGAUUGGCGCCAAGCGUCGCCCUCGCCAAACCCACAUUAAUUUGAAGCGCUGCUAAUUUUUCCGUCAGUGCUUCUGCAACCCGACAUUAAUGCAUUGACAAGGUUUUUCCUGCUUUAGUAGUUGUAAGGGGUAUCAUGGUAUUGAGUUGCAGUGGAGGGGUUGUUAAUAUUCACUUCAUGCAGAUCAUAACGUAAUAAGGUAGAAGGAUGCAGAAAUUGGGAGAUUUCAAGCUGCCCCACUUCUUCAAUUAUCCACCUUACUUCACCUUGCAGCCAGUUAAGGACACCAGGGAAAAGCAGAUACAACUUUGGAAGGAACUAGUAGUUGAUUUCUGUAGAGCUCAAAAUAUUUUUAUAAUUGAACUAGAAAAUGACUUUCCUCUGUUCACAAAUCCUGUAAUUGAAAGGUCUCUAAGUCAUGAAGCUAGGGAGGUAUUUCUGUCAGCCUUAGUUUCUGAAGGCCGUGCAGAAUGGAUGGAUAAGGGACACAGAAAAUGCCUUAUCCUCUGGCACCGCAUCCAAGAUUGGGCUGACUUGAUUUUAGCAUUUGUGAAAGAUAAUGGCUUGGAAGAUAGUGUAAUGACAGUGGAGGAGAUUCGAUCAGGGACUGAAUCUCGGGGAACAGAGCUUCAUGGAGUGGAGCGAUCAGUCCUAAUGCGAGCGCUGAAGCUACUAGAACACAAGGGGAAGCUUACAAUUUUCAAGGGAGCUUCAACUGAUGAUGAAGGCAUCAAAUUCUCUAUUUAGUGCUUUUCCCUUUUGUGCCUUAUUUGUUUGGUUAAUGAUGGGUCUUUUCUAAUGAAUAUGCAAGUUGUAAUGUUGCUUUAAUUUAUUUGUCUUAAAUUUGAGACGAA